AUGUAUUACUCGCUCAAGUCGCGACGAAGAUGGAGUCAAUGUAAUUUUUCAGCCGAAAUCAAAGCAACCACCACCGGCGGAGANAGACCAANGCAACAACCACCGACCAAAANCAAUGGAGAUGGACCAAAGCAACCACCAUCAGCGGAGAGACGGACCAAAGCAACCACCAUCGGCGGAGACGAUGCCGAUGUUGCGACGGAGGAGAUGGAGAUGACGAUGAGAACUUUUGUUUUUGGGGAAAAAGAAGAUUGGGUAUUGGGUUAA